GCGGCCCUAGCUGCAUCUUGAAAGGGAGUCGAAAUUCAGUCGGAAUUUUCGCGAUGAAUGCGAACCGGCGACUGAGACCGAACCCGCCGAGCGAGCGGUCCGACUCAGACGACAACGGGAUCCUGAAUGAGCGGAUACUCUUUCUCGUCUUCCAGUCCAUGGACUGGGACAUCCAAGCGCUCUCCUCGACCGCGUCGGUGAAUCACAAGCUCCGGGCGAUCGUGAAGCGGCUGCUGUGGCGGGAGCUCUGCAAGUACCGCGCCCGCAUGGUGGCGGCGCUGGAGAACUGUGCGCCCAACGGCCGGAUCGGCGGCGGAUGGCACACGCUCGCGAAGCUCAUGUUCUUCUGCGGCGGAUGCGAGCCGACUCGGAAUUUCAAGGUGAGUCAACCUACCCCGGGUCACCUCGUCAAAUCGUCGCGAUUCUCAAAGACGUCGGGGCAGAGCUUCCUCACGAAGAAGUGCCGCGGCGAUUUGCUGUACGUCAGCGACCCCUGCGAGCAUCCGAUGGGGGAGAAGGAGGACGAUCUGGGGAUUUACAGAGGGGUAUUUAAGGGAUUUGACAAGUCGCGGACGAGGGCGUAUUUGAUCGGACGGCGGGUGAAGCUCGAGGAGCGGGUAAGGUGUCCUUAUUGUGGGGCCCCCGUGUGGAGCAUGACUACGGCGGGGCUCGUUCCGAAGAGCGCGGCGCGGCGGCUCGGCUCGCACCACGGCGCGUUGGAGUAUUUUGUUUGUGUGAGCGGGCACAUGCACGGCAUGUGCUGGCUCGUGCCGCUGUCGGACGAUGAGAAUGGAUUGACCGAGAUGGACGGCUGUGAUGAUUCGGAUUUCGGUGAUGAUGAUUACGGUGGGGUCCGCAGAAUCAGCUACGACGAUCGGACGGCUACGAAUGGAAGCAUUGGGUCGAUGGGGGAGGAAGUUGUGGUGGACGGGCCCGCAAAGUGACAGCCUAUCUGUCUGUUGCUUUUCUGUAUUCCCGGUGAUUCGCACUGUUGCGUGUCGUUUUGCUGAUGUGGAGAUUUUUUGUUAGGUGUAUGAUGAUGUGGAGGUUUGGAUAACAUUAAGUUAGGCUGACGUGUAAUUUCGUACAUUUUCGUUGGAAUUAUAUUUGUGGAAAGUAGUGAUGGGGGAAUAUGGGAUUUUGUAUCGCCACUUGGGUUUGUCGAUUCUAUCGACCACAAAUCGCAUAUUCCAAGUUCUUGUUCUUUUGUUUCUUUCGUUGUACUGUUGAAUCCCCUUUGUUUAAUUUGUGGGUUUGAUAUUUAUUAGUAAAAACUCUUUUGGAAUGUCA